AUGAAAUUAUUUAUACAUUCUGGAAAUGCAGUAGAAAUUUAUGAAUCUAAGUUAGGAGAAACAAUAGAUUAAUUAUAAAAAGCUUUGGGAAGUGAAGUACUAUUCAAUAAUAGGUAUUACAUAAAAAAUAAAAUAUAAGAACUAUUUUAAACACUUCUAUGUUGGUUAAUAGUUUUUUCAAUGAAAAUGAUGAUGUAAUUGUAUAAAAAGUAAAACCAAUCCCUGUUUAAUAGACAACUUAAGUUUCUGCAUAAAAACCAAUUCAUUAUAAUAAUAUAACAAAAUUUGCAUUUUGGGAUGUUGAUGAUAUGAAUGUUAGGUAUUUUUGAAUAAAUAUAAUAAAGAGUUGUAGUUGAAUUAAAAGAUAUAGCAAAACAUCCUUUAGAUAAAUUUUAGGCUAGAUUUUUUGAAAGAUCAUUUGAAAUAAAAAUUCAUGAUUAUUAAAAUAAAAAUUGGACAUUUGGUGUUGCUAGAACAUAAUGUAAAUUAGAUAGUGCAAAUAGUAAAUUUACUUUGAAAGGUGAUAAGAUAUUGAUUACAUUGAGAAAAGUGAAGAAAGAGGAUAAUUGGUUUUCAAUUCAUAAACAAAAAACUAUAGGUGGUGAUGAUUCAGAUUGA